AUGCGCGCAACCCUCCUCCACUUCAUCGCCCGCAUCUCUUCUCGCGUCUUCCUUGGCACCGAACUCUGCCGAAACGAAGCUUGGCUCGAAAUCACCAAGAACUACACCCUCAAUGGCUUUACUGCCGGUGACCGACUUCGCGAAUAUCCCCCAUUCCUCCGGCCCAUCGUCCACUGGUUUCUCCCAGGCUGCCAGGAAGCACGUAGACAGAUCAAGGCGGCCACCAAAGUCAUUCAGCCCAUCAUUGACGAGCGAAAGGUCCUCAAGGCCAAGGCGGUCGCCGAGGGUAGACCGGAGCCUGUGUACCAAGACGCUAUUGAAUGGUUCGAGCAGGCUUCCAAAUCCAAGGGCACUGCGUAUGACCCUGCUUUAAGUCAGCUAUUCCUGUCGACGGUCGCCAUUCACACAACUACCGAUCUUUUGGGCCAGGUUUUGGUUGAUCUGGCGAAGCAUCCCGAGGUCAUCGAGGAACUCCGCAAGGAGGUUCGAACUGUGCUUCAAGAGGGUGGUUGGAAGAAGACGUCUCUCUACAGCAUGAAGUUGCUUGACAGCGUUGUCAAGGAAAGUCAGCGCAUCAAGCCGCUGCAGCUCGCUAGCAUGCAGCGUAUCGCCGUCAAGGACAUGACUCUUUCCGAUGGGACUUUCAUCCCCAAGGGAGCGAACACGGCCGUGUCUUCCCACUCCCAGUGGAAUGCCGCGGUGUACCCGGAGCCGGAAAAGUGGGACGCUUACCGUUUCCUCCGGAUGCGAGAAAAGCCUGGCAAGGAAAACGUGUCGCAGCUAGUCAGCACUUUGCCGGAGCAUCUCGGCUUUGGCCACGGCAAACACGCUUGUCCCGGUCGCUUCUUCGCCGCAAAUGAGAUCAAGAUCGCUCUCGUGCAUAUCCUACUCCAGUACGAGUGGAGACUUCCUGCCGGGGCCGAUACCUCGAUCACGGACUACGGCAUCACUCCGGUUUUGAACGCCGGCUUGGAAUUGGAGAUUCGGAGGCGGGUCGAUGAGGUUGACUUGACGUUCUGA